CCCGGCGAUCCAGAAGAGACGCACAGACAAAGAAAAGCUCGAAGAGAGAGAGGUAGGAGGGGAGAGAGAGAGAGAGAGAGAGAGAGAGAGCAGCAGCAGCAAGAAGCUCCGAGGAACCCGGUCGGACAUCUUCGGAGCUUCCCCGAGCUUGCAGUCUCAGGUUCACUGGGAGUGAUGAUAUCUAGCAUUCAACUUCUGGGUUAUUCUGACGGGUACAUUGAAUUCGCAAUUCCAGCUCCGAGGGACUAAGAUGCCAUCCUUAGCUCUUUCAAGGCUCAGCACUAGUAUUUGUUUCAGCUUCCGUAGAGCAGUUUCAGCACAGAGAUCGCUCUCGCAACACUCUGACAAACUUCCUCUGGGACCAAGUAAAGGUCUGUGUUACUCCGCCUGCUUAUCCUCUGAAGCCGUUCCUCUCCCACUAAACUGCUCUAGGAGGAGGAAAGCUAUGGCCGCCUCCGGCUCCAAAGCCUUCUCCGGAGACAUUUACAUGGAUGGCUUAGUUUCAAGCUGCGGGAAUACAGUUGACUUCACCAAACCCAGUGGAGUUUUCUUUAGUGAUAAUACUCCUAGGACUUUCCAUAAGGCUAGUCUAAGUCUAAGGAGACGAGAACCUUCUAAUGCACGCUUGGUCUGUGGGUAUUCGAUAUACGACGUCGUAUGGAGAAAUGCGAACACGGUCACGGUCCCGUUGACUGCGUCCCGCCCAAGAAAUCUUCGAUUUGCUGCAUCUGCACAAUAUUCUGGCGGGGCUGCUCAGGGAGUCUCGUUCGAAGGCAGUUCUGAUGAUCUUCCUCCAAGUUCAGUUGUCCAAGAUGUUGCAGGGAACAAGGCACUGAAGCUGCUUUCAGGAUCAUGUUGCUUGCCCCAUCCUGAUAAGGAAGACAAAGGGGGAGAAGAUGCCCACUUCAUAUGCGGGAAUGAGCAAGUCAUCGGUAUAGCAGACGGUGUUGGUGGCUGGGCUGACGUUGGAGUUGAUUCUGGGUUAUUCUCUCGGGAACUCAUGUCCAACGCAGUAAAUGCGAUAAAAGAGGAGCCAACAGGAUCAAUCAACCCCAUGAGAGUGCUUGAAAAAGCUCAUGCGAGCACAAAGGCCAAAGGUUCCUCGACCGCCUGCAUAAUUGCCCUCACGGAGGAAGGACUCCAUGCUAUUAACUUGGGCGACAGCGGAUUCAUUGUGAUCAGAGAUGGAUCCACCAUCUUCAGAUCGCCAGUGCAGCAACACGGCUUCAAUUUCACGUAUCAGCUUGAGAGUGGUAGCACUGGUGAUUUACCAAGCUCUGGUCAGGUUUUCACAGUCCCCGUUGUCCCAGGAGACGUUAUCGUUGCAGGAACGGAUGGUCUGUUUGACAACCUGUACAACAACGAGAUCACAGCCGUGGUGGUCGAAGCGCUGAGAUCAAGACUUGAGCCUCAGGCCACAGCCCAGAAGAUCACGGCCCUUGCGAGGCAGCGGGCAAUGGACCGGAACCGGCAGACUCCAUUCGCCUCCGCCGCACAGGAGGCUGGGUACCGCUACUACGGUGGCAAGCUCGACGAUAUAACGGUGGUCGUCUCGUACGUUUGCUAGUCUAGUUAGCUCCAGUGGACAUGUGAGAUGUUCUCCCUCGCCCUCUCCAUCUCUCUUUCGAGGCAAGUCCUACUUUGCCACACAGUUUGUUUAAUUUCAGUCUUGUAAAAUUUGUUGCUGGGAUCAGAAACCUUGGAUGCGAUUGGGCGCCAUAAUCCUGUGAACAGGAUCCUCUUUCAAGUGUUCCUCCCAUCCCUUUUUGUUCUCCUCGGGCUUUCAUUUGGUUCUUGAGCUUGAGGGGAUUUUGCAGCGGGAAAAAGAAUAUAGUCCAAUGAAAAACGGUUCAUCGUGCAUUGUUUGGUC